CGGGACGCGGGGCCGCCGGCGGCGACGGGCAGCAGCCCCAGCCCGUCCCGUCCGGGCUGCCCGGAAACUUUCCCGGAGCGCGGGGCAGAUCAGAUGAAGCUACAGAUGACAUGACCAAAGUAAAAACAAUGCAUGAACUGAUGAGAAACAGCACUCAGAACUUCAGCUUCCUUGUUGCUGGAAACCCUAAGUGCAACUUUACUACCAAGAGACCCUGAUGUUAUGUGAUCACUGAGCACAGUUUGCAAGAAUGGAAAACCAAAGGAAAACCAAAACUAGUAGCAUCUCAUAAAUAAAAGAUUUCAAGAUUCAGCUGAAUCAAAAAACUAUUCCAGCCAUGGGAGAAAAUGCAAGUUUUUGGGAAAGUCUGAUAUAUGCACAUCCUGCAUGUACCAGCUGGAAGCAAGAGGCAGAGGGAUCUAUCUACCACCUAGCCAGUAUUUUCUUUGUCGUGGGCUUCAUGGGUGGAAGUGGAUUCUUUGGGCUCCUCUACGUCUUCAGCUUGCUUGGACUGGGCUUUCUCUGCUCUUCUGUUUGGGCUUGGCUGGAUGUGUGUGCUGCUGAUAUAUUCUCCUGGAAUUUUGUACUGUUUGCCAUUUGCUUUGUCCAGUUUGUUUAUGUUACCUACCAAGUGCGGAGUGUUGCCUUUGACAGGGAAUUCCAGGAACUCUACAGUGCUCUCUUCCAGCCUCUGGGGAUUUCCUUGACUGUGUACAGGAAGAUUGUCCUGUGCUGUGAUGCAGAAGUGGUUACCCUGGAGAAGGAGCAUUGUUACGCCAUGCAGGGCAAAACACCUAUUGACAAACUGUCCUUGCUUGUGUCAGGCAGGAUCAGAGUGACAGUUGAUGGGGAGUUUCUGCAUUAUAUUUUUCCUCUUCAAUUUCUGGACUCUCCUGAAUGGGAUUCACUGAGGCCCACAGAAGAGGGAAUUUUCCAGGUAACGCUCACAGCAGAGACAGACUGUCGGUACGUGGCCUGGAGGAGAAAGAAGCUCUACCUGCUGUUCGCCAAGCACCGCUUCAUCUCCCGCCUCUUCUCCAUCCUGAUCGGGAGCGACAUCGCCGAGAAGCUGUACGCACUCAACGACCGGUGCACGUGGGCCAGGGCUUCAGGAGUCUCCAGGAUGAAUACUACAGCAAUGAGCCCACUCACUGUUACUCCACUAGGUUUUGUUCCAGACUUAAAAAAUUCCACCCUUGAUCCUCUCAAUGAGACUGCCUGUGAAAACUGGAAAGAGAUUCAUCAUCUUGUUUUCCACGUGGCAAACAUUUGCUUUGCAGUUGGGCUGGUUAUUCCAACCACUUUGAACCUUCAUAUGAUUCUCCUGCGAGGCCUGCUCACCAUAGGAUGUGCAUUAUUCAUCAUUUGGGCUACACUCUAUCGUUGUGCCUUGGACAUAAUGAUCUGGAAUUCUGUGUUUUUGGUUGUCAACCUUUUGCAUUUCAUAUACCUUGUGUAUAAAAGGAGACCGAUCAAGAUAGAGAAGGAGCUUAGCAGCCUCUACAAGAGAAUGUUUGAACCUCUCCAUGUGCCUCCAGAGCUUUUCCAAAGACUAACUGGACAAUUCUGCAACAUUCAGACUUUGAAGACAGGUCAAGCCUAUGCAGCAGAAGAUAAAACAUCAGUUGAUGAUAGGCUAAGCAUCCUGCUGAAGGGGAAAAUGAAGGUGUCUUAUCGAGGGCAUUUUCUGCAUAAUAUUUACCCCUGUGCCUUUAUAGAUUCUCCUGAAUUUCGAUCAACGCAGAUGAACCGGGGUGAGAAAUUCCAGGUUACCAUUAUUGCAGAUGAUAACUGCAAGUUCCUGUGCUGGUCCAGGGAAAGGCUGACUUUCUUUCUGGAGUCUGAGCCAUUUCUUUAUGAGAUCUUUAAGUACCUUAUUGGCAAAGAUAUUACAAAUAAACUUUAUUCAUUGAAUGACCCAACCUUAAAUGACAAGGCUUCAAAGAAGAUUGACCGGCAGCCCAGCCUCUGCUCUCAGCUCUCGGUGAUGCAGAUGAGGAACAGCAUGGCCAGCACCAGUGACAGCGAGGACGGCCUGCAGAUGUUCCUUCGUGGGACUUCCUCUGCAUCCUCUCUUCUGACAGGUCCAGCAGAGCGCCUUCCCUAGCUGACUCAUCCAUCACGAAGGAGUUGCCUGCUACCUUCAGGGAUCUCCUGGACUGCCUGCUCCCACCUUGAUACCAGGGUGGCUAAAACUCCCCAGGAGCACCAAGGCCUGUGAUCCAGUUGUUGAAAGAAGGCUCCCUUCUCCUUGCUCUUCUUGAUCAGGCAGCCUGUAGAGAUUCCUGCUGAGAAGUCUCCUGUGCUGGUCUGUUCUCUGAACUUUGCCUUUAAACCCUCGAGUGGCUUUUCACCUGUUCCACACACAGCAAAGCUCCAUGAAUUGAUGCCACUCCUUUGCAUAGAGAGCCUUUGGGUGAACUUGCACACUCAGAAAUUGUAAAACUGUGUUUGUGUGAUUAGUUAGAAUUAAAGUGUCUCUUUCAGGCUUAACAGCAAAACUCUUACACCAGUAUUUCAGCUUUGGGAGAAAGUACUUGAAAUGCAUGACAAGUUGAGCUGUAAUUGUAUAAAUCUCCAAGAUGCACUUGUGCUUAGCACAUUCUUGAUAAAUACACUUUUCUCUGUUGUACUUUUCCUUGGUUUGUGUACCUUUUUUUGGUAUACAGGGUGUGCUUUACCCAAGAGAAGGGGUUUAUGUGUCUUUUAUGUUCAGAAAUUCGUCAGCCCAGCUGAGGCAGCAGCCUCCCAAGUCCAAUGCUUUCCUUUACUUUUGGGUAGGCAGAGGGAUUGCCCCUACAGCAGUGCAACACACACCUUGGGAAGCAUUGUUAUUUAUUUCUUCUUUGUAUUUUGAUUGUGAAAUUUCUGACUUCUGUAAAAGGUUUGUUCAUCUCCUUGAACUGUAAUGCCUUAAUAUCUGCUUUUGCCAAGAUAGCUUGUUAGUUAUUCCUGGGUACUGUCAUUUGCAAUGAUGGGGUUGGUGCCAAGGUGAGCUCUGCUUGAAGAUUUGUAUUCAGUGUGGAUUGUGGCCAUGAAUGCCCUUUUUUCAGAUCACAGGGAAAACUGAAAAAAAUAUCUGCAAUUUGCCUUGUCACUGGUAUGUUUUCAAAAAUAUUCUGCUGGGUGCUCUCAGUGCAACAGCUGGGGUAUUUUUUUUGUCUGUUUUUUUAAGAUUUACUAUAAGGUACAUGCUGAGGCUUCCAGUUCCAGUGCUGUUCCCUGGAUCCUCCUUCUACAGGCAUACAUUUGUUGAUUUAGAACAAACAAACACAAUCCAAAAUCCUCAAAAGAUUUUGUGAGAAACAUAUGGAAAUGUCAAUUUAUUUUAUUUUUAUAAAAUUAGAAUAAAAAAUGAAUGAAGGGAACUUAUCUGUACAGGAACUCUGUAGGAAUACUGUUUUGUCAUUGCUAGGUGAUUGUUGUGUGGACAAAGCCUCCCACUACAAAUAUAACUUUGACUACUAUAAUCCAAAUAAGUUUUCUUCUCCCAAUUUCCACAUUCUUGAAAAAAUGAGCAUUUAUAUUUUUGUAUAAUCCCAUCUUUUAAAAUUAUGCAUUUAUCAGUGCUAUAAAUGAUAAGCUUUGACUCAUUUUCUUGAGAAAUUAAUAUUAAUCCUAUUUCAAAGUGUUUAGGAAUAAAAGGGUUAAAAUUACUAAUUAGUAGGUCCCAAGCUACAAUUACUAAUAAAAGUAUGUUUUUCAUUUAAUUAAUUAAGAAACCAAACUAACUGUUUGCUUUUAUAUUAAGGAAAUAACCAACAAGAGUUCUAUAAUGCUUACGGAGUGAGUCGUUUGCAGCAUGAUGUUUUCUGUUGAUAACAUCACAUUAACUCA